AUGGAUACUAUGUUGCUACGAACAAGCCAUCAUAUUAGAAUGCCCAUACCAUCUGACGGUGAGAAAGACUUGCUGCUAAGGGAUGCUAGGGCAAUCGUUCACUCCCUUGUUCUACGUUCACUUACACCGGCAGAUGUACCUGCGAUAAAAUCUCUAUGUGCUGCUUCUUUCCCAAUUCAAUAUCCGGAGUGUUGGUUCGAGGAAGUUGUUUCUGGUGCUCUGAUUAGCGUAGGUUUGUUCGAUGAGGAAGAGUUGGCUGCAAUGAUGGUAGCAGAAACAAAAACUAUUUUGCAUUGUAAUCCAGAGGAUCGCGAUAUAGUUGCUGAUACCGGUGCUCAUGUUGUUUACAUGCUAAGUUUGGCUGUCGCUCAUCCUUACCGAAGAUUAGGUCUUGCUUCACGCCUUCUGCGACAUUUAUUAGAUUCAGUUGUUGACAACCCUCCCUACCCGAAAGCGGUCUUCCUGCAUGUGCUUUCUACUAACACUCCUGCGAUUAAAUUCUAUAAAUCCAAUGGAUUCGUUCAUCAUACUACUUUGUUAAAUUACUAUCGCUUAAAAACAGAAUAUGGAGAUGGAUGCACAUACGUUUUGUAUACGAAUGGUUCACGUCCUCCAUUUUCCUUCAAUGAUAUCUGUCGUUCAGUUGGCUCUGCUCUUUGCUUUCCCAUUAAAGCACUGUGCCGCACGUUGUUUUACUGA